AUGGGUGCUUGUCAGUCUUGUCUCGGCCUAGGAAGCCGAGAGGAGCACGAGGAGGCGGAACAUGCCCGGCUUAUGGACGAUGAUCUCUAUCCCGGUGGAUUUGGCUAUGGAUCUGUGAAUCACCCAAACCAGGGACAAUCAGACCCGGAGGAUUUGAAGAGAGAGAGGGAGGCUUUGGAGGCUAUUUGCCAACGCGCAUCAGACUCGGUAGUCGAUAUUUGGUCGUCGCACACCCAUCUUCAGCCCCAGGCCACUUUACGCAGUAACGGAUCCGGAACAUCUUCACGAGUACCCAGUAACGAAACACAACAAACAACAACCGCUGACAAUACCACCACCACAACUACAACUACAACAACAACAACAACCACGCAACAAGGAGCUGCAGGAACUUUGAAAACUAGUCAGCGACAUCUGGCACCGGUGCCCAAGAACUGGGGCGAAGUCGUUAUAUCGCCGCGUCGCAAGGGCAAGAAACUGGCGUCGCAGAAUGAUGGCGCGGAUAUCUUUGGAGUUUUGAACGUUUCAUGA